ACAAAAAACUUAAAAUUAGAGGGGAAAAUUGCAAGAAACGGGAGAAUGAGGACCACAAUAAGAAUUUGGAACAAGGUUGGGGCCAGAUUGGUGGAAUAAUAAACCCUGCUUCAUUCUCUUCACAACUACAAUCCCACUACUACUCCAUGUACUCUUAUCUCCAUCACUCCCCCUCUUUCCUACACCAAAAUAAAACCCAAAAUUAGCAAGCUUGGGAGUGCUAAUACAUAAAGCAUCAUGAGAAGCUCGUGGCUUCGCCUCAUUCUUCUUUUACAUUUUCUAUUACUCGACGGCCAAAUUUUACCAUCGCAAUCGAAGGCCGCGACGCCGACGCCGCCGCCGCUGCCGGCGCUGCCCGUGCCGUCGGCCGCGCAGCUGCGGUGGCAGCGGCGGGAGGUGAUCAUGUUCUUCCACUUCGGCAUGAACACGUUCACCGACUCGGAGUGGGGGACGGGGCGCGAGAGCCCCGCGAUCUUCGACCCGGCCGGCCUCGACGCCGCGCAAUGGAUCGACGACGCCGCAGCCGCCGCAGGCGCCUCCCUCGUCAUCCUCACCGCCAAGCACCACGACGGAUUCUGCCUCUGGCCGUCGCGGUACACCGACCACUCCGUCGCCCGCAGCCCCUGGAGGAACGGCCGGGGGGACGUCGUCCGCGAGCUCGCCGACGCCGCCCGCGACCGCGGGGUCGACUUCGGCGUCUACCUCUCGCCGUGGGACCGGCACGAGAGGACGUACGGCCGCGACGUGGAGUACAACGAGUUCUACAUGGCCCAGCUGCGCGAACUCCUAACCAGAUAUGGGACGGUGUCGGAGAUAUGGUUCGACGGCGCGAAGGGGAAGAAUGCGACGAACAUGACGUACUACUUCGAGGACUGGUUUGAGACGGUGAAGCAGCUGCAGGGAUCCAUCAACAUUUUCUCCGACGCCGGCCCCGACGUCCGCUGGGUCGGCGACGAGUCGGGCUUCGCCGGCUCCACCUGCUGGUCCACCAUCAACCGAACCAUGCUGAGGAUCGGAGACGCCGGCAUCGUCAACUACCUGAACACGGGGGAUCCGCGGGGGACCGACUGGGUCCCGCCGGAGUGCGACGUCUCGAUCCGGCCCGGGUGGUUCUGGCACAAGAACGAGACGGCGAAGCCGCUGAGCCAGCUGCUGGACAUAUACUACAAGGCGGUCGGCCGCAACUGCGUGCUGCUGCUCAACGUGCCGCCGAACUCCACCGGGCUGAUAUCCAAGGGCGACACCGUCCGGCUGCGAGAAUUCCGCUCGGCGAUCGAAACGAUCUUCGGGACCGACUUCGCCAAGGGGAGCAAGGCAAAGGCAAGCAGCCAGAGAGGCGGCGACGGCGGGGGGUUCGCGGCAAGCAACGUGCUCGACGGGGACGACGACACCUUCUGGGCCCCAAAAGCAGAAGAAGUCAGCCGUGGCGAGAGGCAGGGGUAUUGGAUCGAAUUGUCGGAACUGAAUCCGUGGUCUCGGUUUAACGUGAUCAGAAUACAAGAGGCGAUAGCAAUGGGCCAGAGAAUUCGGUUGCAUUUCGUGUUUGUCGACGGGGCGGCGGUCGCGAACGGGACGACGGUCGGGCACAAGCGGCUCCACCGGCUCGAGACGGCGGCGUGCGGCCGGACGGUGCGGAUUUGGAUCGCCGAGUCGCGGGGGCCGCCGCUGCUGUCCGAGGUCGGCCUACAUUUCGAUCCCUUUGUGGAGCAAUCAAAAAAUAGAGCAAAAUAAUGGGAUUGCAAGUGUAAGAAAAAAAAAAAAAAUUCACACGAGUAAUUAAUUUUUCUUUUUGUUUUCAGAAAAAUUAUCUUAUUGGACGAAUCAUAAUCUUUCUCCUUCUUUGGAAUGUUCGUCUUCUGGCGAUUGGGUAUC